AAAAUACAAUAUGAGAAACUAACCAACUAUUUAUAAGCUAACUAGCUAAACCAGAUCAGUGUUGGUUUUGGGGACAUAACUACCAAAAUAACAAACUAAUUUAGCCUACGGUAUCUAGCUACUAACGUGCAUAUGUUAUGCUAACAAAUUCCAUCAGCAUCACUAACUUCCUGAACUCACGUCAAUAUUUAGCUAACUACGUUAGCCUGCUAACUGCUAAACCAGCCAGAUAUGAACUGUCACAGAGUCUUUCUAGCUAUGAAAACUCUGCUGCAACGUUAGCAUGUUUUUUGGGCCAGAUGUAGCUAAAUAAGUACCUAGUCAAACGUUAGCCAAUUGGUUACCGCUAAAUGUAUGGAUUUUUGUGUGAUUCCUUUGCUAGCCAGUGAAUGUGAAAUGGGGAAAGGAGAAGUUUGAUGCAAUAGAGCUGAACACAGAAGAACCUCCCAUGGUCUUCAAGGCUCAGCUCUUUGCCUUGUCAGGGGUACAACCAGAGAGACAGAAGGUUAUGGUCAAGGGAGGCACACUCAAGGAUGAUGACUGGGGAAACAUCAAAUUGAAGAAUGGGAUGACUCUGUUGAUGAUGGGCUCAGCCGAGGCCCUGCCUGAGGAGCCUGCAGUCAGGCCCAUGUUUGUUGAGGACAUGACUGAAGACCAGCUGGCCUCAGCUAUGGAGAUGCCUUGCGGACUGACCAACCUGGGAAACACCUGCUAUAUGAACGCUACAGUGCAGUGUCUUCGCUCUGUGCCAGAGCUCAAAGGAGCCCUCGGAAGGUAUACAGGUGCUCUGCGGUCCUCUGGGGCCAGUGCACCAUCCCAGUACAUCACAGCAGCCCUCCGUGACCUCUACAAGACCAUGGACAAGACCUCCUCCAGCAUACCCCCCAUCAUCCUGCUACAGUUUCUGCACAUGGCCUUCCCCCAGUUCGCUGAGAAGGGAGACCAGGGACAGUACCUCCAGCAGGAUGCCAACGAGUGCUGGUUGCAGAUGAUGAGGGUCCUUCAGCAGAAGUUGGAGCCACAAGACACAGAUUCUCCCAUGGAAACUGAGAGUGGAGCUGCCAAGAAGAACUUCAUUGACCAGUAUUUUGGAGUCGAGUACGAAACCACUAUGAAAUGUACAGAGUCUGAGGACGAGGAGCCAGCUAAAGGUAAAGAGAGCCAGCUCCAACUCAGCUGUUUCAUCAACCAGGAGGUCAAGUACCUGGCCACUGGCCUCAGGCUGAGACUGCAGGAAGAAAUCACCAAGCUGUCUCCGUCUUUGCAAAGAAAUGCCCUGUACAUAAAAUCUUCUAAAGUAAGCCGCCUCCCUGCCUACCUAACCAUUCAGAUGGUUCGAUUUUUCUACAAAGAGAAGGAGUCUGUCAAUGCCAAAGUCCUUAAGGAUGUAAAGUUCCCACUGAUGCUGGAUGUGUAUGAGCUGUGUACCUCGGGGCUGCAGGAGAAGAUGGUGGCCGUUAGGUCAAAGUUCAAGGAGAUUGAGGACAAGAAGCUGGAGAAACAGUCGCAGAAGGUGGAGAAGAAAGUGGGAGACGAGCCGAAAGAAGUGAAAUACGAGCCCUUUUCAUUCGAUGAUGACCUGGGCUCUAACAACAGUGGCUACUACGACCUGCAGGGAGUGCUGACACACCAGGGAAGAUCGAGCUCCUCCGGACACUACGUCGCCUGGGUCAAGAGGAAAGAAGAUGAGUGGGUGAAGUUUGACGACGACAAGGUAAGCGUGGUAUCUCCAGAAGAUAUACUGAGGCUGUCCGGUGGAGGAGACUGGCAUAUAGCCUACGUUCUACUAUACGGACCAAGACGACUGGAAAUACUUGAAGAGCAACAGUAACCAACCUAAACACAAAUAAAAUCUAGCCAACCUACACACACAUGCCUGGGUGUCUACAAAAAUUGAUUACCUUAUUUUUUUAUUUUAACUUCUUGACACAUGCUUGUAAACCCAUCCAGCAUCAACACGAGUGGAGGUAGUUUAUCUAUCGAAGGAAGGUUUUAAAUUGUUUAUUAUAAGAGAGCCAGGCAAUCUCUGGACUGGAUCCUUGAGAGGUUUUGAGAGAUUUAGUUCUGCAGUUUUUCAUUAAAAUGUUUUAUACACAUUGUAUAUUUUUUAAAGCCUUGAACAAGGUGCUUAUGUCAUAGUACUUGUCUGUAGUCAUAACUAAUCCGCUUGUACAGAAGUCUUUGGCCAAGCAACAUUGUUUUAAGGUGUCUUGAGAUACCCUAAAUCUUCCCUUCAAACAUUUUUAUUGGAGAACCCCCCGCAUCAUACAAGCAGUUCAACAUCUCUGCAUGACGCUUCACUGUCUCAUCCUGACCACCACCCUGCCAACAACGAUGUGUAAGACCUACGACGGUCCCUCUGUAAUAAGUUAUUGACUGAUUGCUUUUCAUAAAUGGUGAAAGUAAACCGUUAUACCAAA